UGCACCGGCGCGCCCGGAGCCGAGCCCUCCGUGAGGGGGCGGGUGGGGAGUCCCCGGGGUGGGGGUGCAACGCGGCCCGGCCGCACCGGGAGCUCCCGGUGGGCUCCCGGUAACCCCCGGUAACCCUCCGGUAAAGCCCGGUAAAGCCCCGUCCGCAGCCGGCCAUGGCGGGACGGGGCCCCGUGCACAGCCUGAGCAGCCUGCAGAAAACCGCCCUGCUGCUGGGCGUCCCAGCCGCCGCCACCGUGCUCUACAUCCUGUACCGGCGCUACCGGGAGAGCCGAGAGGCGCAGGUGACACUGGUGGCAGACGAGGGGCUGGAGGUGACGCUCAGGGUGCCCCGCACGGCCCUGAAAGUGCUGAUCGGCCGCCGGGGGGCCACCAUCAACCAGCUGAGGCAGGAGACGGGAGCGCAGAUCGAGGUGGAGGAGGAGGAGGAGGAGGAGGAAGGGCAGUCGCUGGUGCAGAUCUCGGGCUCGCCGGGCCAGGUGUGCCGGGCCAGGGCGGCCGUGCUGCGCAUCGUGGCCGACAGCGCCCCCGUGGCCGAGCAGCUGCGCGUGCCCCAGCGGGCCGUGGGCAGGAUCAUCGGCCGCGGCGGGGAGACCGUGCGGGCCAUCUGCCGCAGCUCCGGCGCUCGCGUGGAGUGCGGCGCCCACGACCCCGACGGCAGCCUGGCCCCGCUGCGCAUCAUCCGCCUGCUGGGCACCCGCGCCGAGGUGGAGGCGGCCAAGAAGCUGAUCAUGGAGAAGCUGUCGGAGGACAAGGCGUUCCGCCGGGAGCUGGCGCAGGCGGCGGCGGCGCGGUGCCCGCGGAAGCAGCCCCUGGGCAGCCGCCGGGAGCCGCCGGUGCCGCCCGCCGGUGGCGGUGCCCCCGGGAGCGCCGGCGGGGGAUGGCAGGAGUGCUGGGAUGCGGAGUGGGCACCGGCGGGCGGCACCGGAGCGGCGGUGGGGAGCGACAGCGUGGAGCAGGAGGCGGAGAUGGGGAGCGAGGAGCGCCGGGACGCGGGAAUGGUGGAGCCCCGGGGUGCCGGAGAGGAGCCCCGGGAGCUCCGGGAUAGCGGGGAGGAGCCGCCCGUGGCCAAGUUCGAGGGUGAGAGCGGAGCUGGGGCGGUUCCCGGUGGGGAUUUUGGGAUUUCAGUGGAUCUGGGGUGGGUUUCAGUGGAUUUCAGUGGAUUUGGGGUAGAUUUCACGGAUUUCAGUGGAUUUGGGGUAGAUUUCAGUGGAUUUCCGUGCUCUGGGGCUGCCCCAGUGCCCAGCCCAGAUUUCAGUUUCCCUGCUGACGAGCACCUGGACGUUUACGUGUCGGCGGCCGAGAGCCCCGGGCACUUCUGGAUCCAACUGCUGGGCACGCGGAGCCUGCAGCUGGACAAACUGACGGCUGAGAUGGGGCUCUUCUACCAGAGCAGCCCCCCCGUGCCGCCCCCGUCCGUGCAGCCCGGUGCCAUCGUGGCGGCGCCGUACCUGGACGAUGGCGAGUGGUACCGGGCGCGGGUGUUGGGGACACUGGACAACGGCCACCUGGACCUGUACUACGUGGACUUUGGGGACAACGGGCAGGCGCCCCCCGAGGCCCUGCGCGCCCUCAGGAGCGACUUCCUGAGCCUGCCCUUCCAGGCCAUCGAGUGCAGCCUGGCCGGGAUUGUCCCCAGCGGUGGCUCGUGGCCCGAGGCCGCCCUGCAGGAGUUCGAUCGCCUCACGGGCUGUGCCCAGUGGGCCCCGCUGGUGGCUCGGAUCUGCAGCUACGGCCCCGCGGGGCCCUGCCUGCGCCUCUACAGCCGCUGCCAGGGACAGAGCCUGGACGUGGGAGCGGAGCUGGUGCGUUUGGGCUACGCCGUGCCCGGGCCGCCCGAGGAGCCCCCGGACAAUCUCGGCUGCGUCCCCACCCCGAGCCCGGUGGAGCCCGGGGACAGCCCCGGCACCGCGUCCUGCCUCAGCGUGCCCGGUGAGCCCGGCGUGUCCCGGUGACACCGUGCCCGGUGUGCCCCCGGAACGGUGUCGGGACCCCGCUGACCCCUCCCCGCUCCCGCAGCCGCCGCUGCCGUGCCCGGGGACGCCGUCACGGUGACCUGAAGCUGCCCGGUGCCACCGGGAGCCGCUCCCGGUGCCGCCAUCCCGGUAACCGGAGCCGCUCCCGGUGCCACCACCGAGUGCGGUGCCCUCUCCGGAGCCCUCCGGGAGGCCACACCGACAAAUCGCGGGGAUCUCCGCUUGUGCCUCUUGUCGGGACGCGACACACCGGGGCCGAGGGCCGGCGGUGCCCCUUCCGUUACCGGGAGUUCCCGGUUCCCUCGCAUUGUUUUGCUGUUCCGUUGCACUAAUUGUGGUUCUGAGUUAAUAAAGUUGAAGGUUUCUCA